AUGCUAUUCUCCAACCUGAACCGAGUGGCCUUAAUCAUCGCCCUGGCGACGUCCGCUCUGGGCUCAGUAAACUCUGAGCAGGCCGUCUCCGACAUAAACGCCCUUCAGGAGAGCGUUGUCAAGGCUCGUGAGAGCCUUGAGGGGUGGAAUGGCGGCCUCAUGGGUGCCAUCCCCAUCGCCAGCAGAAUUCAAAGCGUGCAGAGUGCCGUUGCCAACGCACGGAGGAGCAUCGAUGAAUCUAACGCCUUUGAUGGCAAGGAUGCAGAUGCCGUCGUGGCGGCUUAUGACCAACUGCAUCCAGAAAUCCUAAGCACUCUGAAUAUAGCAGAGCAGAAAGCGCCGGGCUUCAAGGAUGCAGGUGUGGGCUUCGUGGCGAGGGCUAUGUUCAAUGACCUCAAAACUGAGAAGGAUAAAUUUCAGACCUCCAUGCAGCAGAAGGUGCCUGCUGAGAGCUACCAAAUGGCCGCGCCCAGUAUUGCUGAGCUUGAUACUGCCUUUGAAAAGACCAACAAGGCGCUCACUGCUUAA